AUGGAAAUCUCGGAGGACUAUUCGCACUUCGACAAGCUGGGCGACUUUCGUCCUGCAGUGGUGUCUGGCGAUCCAGAUGCCGAGAUAGAGAUCAUCUACAUGGACGACGGUGGCGUAGAAAGCGUGGGGGGAGUGGAGCCCGCAUCGGGCGGUUCCUUUGACGUGGGGAUAGCGUUUGGUGAUGGCCGGGACUGCUCCUCAUCACAGGCGUUCUUGCAGCAAGUAGGCGUGGAGGUCGUGGGGUGCGGCUUGACGCUGGCGCAUUUGAGCUUCCAGAGAAUGAGCGUGGUGACGACAUGCCUAGGGGCUGCCAUGGACACGGAGGUUGCCACAGUUGGCUUCGGGCGAUCUGUGCCUGAGGCCUGCGACGAAGACGAGGUGCUAAAUGCGAGCGAAGAAGCCGCUGAGACCGCCAGUUGGGACGACGCCAGCGGCAGCACAAGCAGCACAUGGGCGGCAGAUAGAUGCACCGAGCUGGUGAAUGUGGUGGAUGCCGCCGGCACCUCGGCAUUUAUCGCCAUCAAGGAGGACGAGCCGCUGUCGUUUGAAACAAGGCGAGUGGACGAGGGAAACUUGUCAGCCAUCGACGGGUACGAAUCUGGGAGCAGCGGGUUCGACUUCGCCAUAGCCUUCGAUGGGGAUAGCGACGUCGUUAGCGUCGACCUGAGGGGGUGCGGUCUUACCGUGGACAGCUUCGCAGGCAACCGUGCUACCUUUGUCGUUACCGGGAGCGGCAACACGUACAUUCUGGGUGACUCUAGCCUGGACUGCGUGGUGGAGUUUACGGACACCCCUUCUCCCACCUCGACGGGCACCACUUUCUCGCCGACCGAUACGCUUGCCCCUGGCGCUACGCUUGCCCCUGGCGCUACCCCUGCUCCAGGAGCCACGCUCGCUCCAGGAGCUACGCUUGCCCCACGAGCUACGCUUGCCCCUGGAACUACGAUUGCUCCUGGCGCUACGCUUGCUCCUGGCGCAACCCUUGUCCCUGGAACUACGCUUGCUCCUGGCGCUACGCGUGCUCCUGGCGCUACGCGUGCUCCUGGCGCAACCCUUGCCCCUGGCGCAACCCUUGAUCCAGGAGCCACGCUCGCUCCAGGAGCUACGCUUGCCCCAGGAACUACGCUUGCUCCUGGUGCUACGCUGGCCCCACCAGCUACUCUUGCUCCUGGUGCUACGCUUGCUCCUGGUGCCACGCUUGCCCCAGGAACUACGCUUGCUCCUGGUGCUACGCUUGCUCCUGGCGCUACGCGUGCUCCUGGCGCUACGCUUGCUCCUGCCCCAACCCUUGUCCCUGGAACUACGCUUGCUCCUGGUGCUACGCUGGCCCCACCAGCUACGCGUGCUCCUGGCGCUACGCUUGCUCCUGGUGCUACGCUGGCCCCACCAGCUACUCUUGCUCCUGGUGCUACGCUUGCUCCUGGUGCCACGCUUGCCCCAGGAACUACGCUUGCUCCUGGUGCUACGCUGGCCCCACCAGCUACUCUUGCUCCUGGCGUUACGCGUGCUCCUGGCGCUACGCUUGCUCCUGGUGCCACGCUAUUUCCUGACGCUACCCUAGCUCCAGGGCAAACGGGCUUUCCCUCUAGCUUGGCACCAUCAUCUUCAAACUCGUCCGUGUCCCCUACCUCCUCCCCGACCGCCGUACCCACGGGGUCCUCCAUGUCCCCCACGACUGUCCCUACCGCUGCACCGACUACGGCACCGACGAUGGCAGCCGUAGGAGACGUCGGCGCAACCGUCACGGGAUCCCUGACGGUGUCCGGGGUAGCCGAGGAGACGGAGGAAGAGGAAGUGUACGAGGCCGCCCGCGAGGGGCUCGAGGAGUUGUUCGGCAUUUCGUCCGCCGGAGGAGGAGGAGUCGUCGUGGGGGCACCGGGCACCUUGGACUCGGACAAGGACGAUGACGCUGCUGCUGCCGCCGCUGCUGCUACUGCUGCUCCCUCUCCUACGCCCGUCGUCGGCACCGCCGCCGCUGGCGUUGCUGCCGAUGAUGACAUCGGUGCUGGGACGGCGGAGGUAAUCGGGGAGGACGGCCGACGCCGCAUGUCCGAAAGGGUGCCGCCGGCGUUGUCGCGGUACGACCGUCGAGAUGAGGCGACAAGUCUCAGUCACUACCAGCCGGAGGCCGGCCUUGUCGCGGAAGCCAGAGAUCCCCUUGGCGGCUUUAAUGUCGCGUUGGGGGGGCAGCGGCGGUGGCUGCAGGAGGAAGAGGAGGACCCAGAGAGCGAGAGCGAGACGGUGGACAUGGACUUCGAGGUUACUGUGCCAGCUGACGACGGCGAGAUCGGCUCGUCAGCGUCGCGUGUGGCGGCGAUGGUGAACGAGUUUGCCGAUUCGGGGCUGGCCACGCUGGCCGACUAUCUCGGGGUAGAACCGGAUGACCUCAGCUUGUCCGACCUAGCGUUCUGCAUCGGCAGCACCGACUGCGGUAACGUCUCGACGGUGGUGUCGACCAUGUCCGCUGUCGACGAGCUCGGCACGAGCGGGCCAUGGGAGAACUUCUUGACAAACGGCGGCUUGCUUCUGCUGGCCCUCUUCGGCACCUUGUGUGUCUGUUUCUGCGCCGCGGGUGUGUGCUUCCACUGCCUGUUCAACGACGGGGCCUACGAAGACGUCGAGCACCUCAAGCCGGCACCGGUGGUCCCCGCUAAGCACACGGUCGACAAGGAAAAGGAGCAGGUUUCUCCCCGAGUUAUCGACCUCUCGAGAAUGUCCAACCGAAGACUCAGGGUCCCCGAUGACAAGCAUUCCGAUGGAGACUUUCCCCAGGGGUCACGCGGCGGCAGCAAGAUGGGUGGUGGUGACUUCAUGGAGGCCGGGAUUCGCACCGUGUCGCCGGCGACUUCGAAGACCACGAUCGGCUCGGUCCACUGGAUGUCUCAGUUCGGCCAUAAGAACUCCGCAGAAUACGACCUACAGAACCCGCUGAGGGGACCGGGGGACAGUGUGGAGGGAACCCGUCGCUUCGGAGACAUGGCAAUGGAUGUUAGAGCCCGUUGGUUACGGGCUGCUUUCGAGGCGCUGGCCGGUGUCGGAAUCAAGGGAAAGACUGAGACAGAAGAGGCCGGGCUGAUUGGCCACUACAGAGAUGACCGCUCAGAGGGAGAGUUCAAGACUACGAACCCGAUGUUCCUGGGGGCAGACCUCGACAGCGCCAGCCCUAGCCCCCAGCCGAUGCCCCCUUCGCUGGCUCCUCUCGGCUCCGGCACCGGCGUGUCCUCAUCUGGUGGAGGCUACGGCGUGUCCCUAUCCUCCAAUAACCCCCUGUUCGGCACCGGUGGCUCGUCGUCGUCCUCGUUGCUGUCCGCUUCGAAUGCGGCCGGCGCUGGUGGCGCCGUGCGCAGGGGGGCGCUUUCUGGUUCGCGAUCACCGCCGACCAUGCUGGGGGCGGCGGGAAACCGGAGCAGCAACGGAAGCAUUGGGCGGAUGAACUCGGCUGAUGUUGCCACUGCGGUGCUUUCGGAGCGCGACGAGUCUAGCGACGGAUUCGAGGACGGCGGUGACAAGCCCCCCGGCGACGACGCGCUGCCCGACAUCUUCGUGGCCAGGCGAUCGCCAAGCAGUUCCGCGGCGGGGGGUGGCGGCUCCGUUGCUGAAGAGGAAAGGGGCCCCGCGGGGGGAGGAAGGGGCAGGGUGGUGACGCCAACCAGCCCUCUAGGCGGUGGUGGCGAUGUGUAUGGCGGUCUCGCUAGCGCGAGUCCUAGCGUUAGCCCGGCGGUCGUGAUGGGCGGCUCGAGCGCUGGCCGGGCGGCGGCGGGGUUGGGAGUGGCGUUAGCAGCACAGGCUGGCGGGGGGGAGUCGGGCAGCGAAGACGGGUUUUCUGAGGACGCCGCCGCGAGCCCGUGGUCGGACGAGAGAGAAGGCCUUCGCCCGUCGUCCAAGCUUCCGUCGGACCCUUCGCAGGAGAGCUCUACCGCUGGCGCGAAGACGACGCGAAGCGGCACUGCUGUAUCGAAAGAAGCCGCCGUGGUUGCCGCCGAAGCGAGGUCCGUGGAGGAGCACGGGCAGGUCGCGGAGGGAGCGCCGGCGCCGGCACCGGCACCGGCACCGGUUUCGGCGGAACGAAGGGCGGGGAUAGCGGAGCAAACCGCCCCGGCUCCAGGGGCGAGCGAUACGCGGCGUGGCAGCAGCGGUGGCGGCGGCGGCGGCGGCGGAGGAGGAGGAGGAGGAGGAGGCAUUUCAGCCUGGAGAAACACGUGGCAAGGGCUGAUGAGUGUAGGAUCCAGCCGCGGACGGAGUCGGACGCAAACCGGCGGCACCGCAUCGUCACCGUCAAGGCAAUCACAAUCAAGGCAACAUCGACGACACCAGUCGGCGACUGCACGUUGGUCGUCCCCUCGCGACGCGCCCGCUACUUCGGAGCCCGGCACGGGCUCGAUCUCUAGCGGCUCCACCAGCACCGGACGCAUCGUCGCCGACGUCCUGAGCCACCCCACCAUUGUCUCGGCGGAGUCCGACUUCAGCCUGUCUGAGGUCUUCGCGGGAGCCGUGAGCCCCGCCGGCCUCGCCGCCGCUGCCGCCGCCUCGUCCGCCGCCGACCUCUUCCGGUUCCAUCAGGGGGGUGCCUCCGGUAAGCCUGCCGCCGCCGGAGCGAGAGCUGCUUCUUCUGUUGCGGCCUCCUCGUCUGCUCAGGCCGUGACACCGCGGGCCCGCACCGGGGGGGGAGGGGAGUCGCUCGGCGGGGGGUCUCCAUCGCCGCCGGUGAUCCGAGGGGGCAGGGUCGUGGCGGCGGUGGCGGAGGCGGCCGCGGAGACGGCGGCGGAGGAGGAUGCGAAGAAACGAGGCGCCGAGAGGACGGCGGACGAAGGGCCGCCUGCGGCGGCGGGGAGAAGCGGCGUCCAGCCGGCCAUCGGCACGGCCACGAGAGAGGUGUCGACGCCGCAGAUGCAGGGGGCUUCGAUGCCCGGCCGUCUCGGGUCGCCCCAGGAGCUGUCGCCGACAACGCCGCCCACGACGCAGAGAAAGGACGCCGUUGCCGACAGCGCCGCGGCGAGGAGAGGUGGCGGUGGCGUCAGCGAAGCGGCCGCGAUGACCGCGGACCCGGCCGAAGUCAGCGGCGGGGACGGUAGAACCGUACUGGGACGCCUUGGCCUGACGCUUUCGUCGCACAACGAGGUUUUCCCGAGCAGGGUUAUGCUGUCCCCCGGGACGGACUCUGACCCGGGGUCUUCGCCCUCGCCGGAGGUUCUCGUGCGGCGGUCCAGCCGGCCGUUUAGCGGUGGAGACGCGGGCCAAGAGGGUUUCGCGCCACAUCCUCAAGAAGAGGGCGCCGCCGCGCAGAAAGAAGAGGAGACCGAGAUCGGCGAGGGCGCUCAAUCGGCCGUCACCCACGAGCCAACCCCGUCCCCCGACGAUGUCCACGGGGUCACCGUCUCCCCGCCGUCGGCGUCGGACUCGAGCCUGGGGAGCAACCUGUGGUGCUCCGGUCCCUUCGCGAGGAGCACGUUCGGGAAGUCGAUGGGCGGACAGGGAGCUGACGAGGCCCGCGACGGGCUCUUGGCGACGAGGUCCGGCAAGAUGAGGGCACUGGGCACGUUGGAUCUCAUGCAGGUCGUUGGCACUUUCUCAGACUCGGAGAGCCCUUCCGACGACAUCGACAUCGAGGAGACGUCUCCGAGGGCCCGCGCCGCCGCUGCCUCCAACUCACCCCGGCCAAAGUCCCCACGACCGAAGUCGCCGAGGCCAAAGUCACCGCGGCUAAGCGUUCUGCCCGCCUUAGGGUCCGGCGCGACGAGACCGUCCUCGCCGAUCAUCACGCAGCAGCCGCAGCAGGAACAGCAGCAGGAACAGCAGCAGCGGCAGCAGCAGGAACAACAGCAGCAGCAGCAGCAGCAGCCCGCCCCGUCUCCUCUGCCUCCCAUCCAGGCCGGGCUGGAGGGGAUCAUGGCAGGAGUUCACUUCCCUGGGGAGGCGUUGCCCAGGCCGGGGUACUCCCCUGGCAUGGACUCAUCACGCGAGUACUCGGAAAGCGACGACGACGAUACCCCCGGGGGCGGGAUGCUCAAGGGGGAACGGCUAGUGUAGUGGGGUUUGGUGGGUGCUGUCCUUUUCGCUCUUGUAAUAUUAUUCACUACUGCCGCGGCCAUGCGGCAUGGGCGGGGGCGUGCCUCACGCAAGGGGAGGGGUUGUACUGGCUGCAUUGUGCGGAUUGACGGGAUGACUUCAAACGUUGCGCGAUGGUGUCAUAGAGAUGGUGUUCAUGGAGUUGGGGCGCGAUUGGAUUUUUGAUGUGGGGGGGUGUUUGCUUCAUAUCCGUCAUGUUUUGAGCGUGCUACACCGCGAGGUUUCGAGCUCGAUUUUUGUAUAACUACUUUUGCGGCUGCAGUCGAAGUUAGUUGUCAACGCAUCCAUCCACAUUGCAGUUGCAACCCCCCCAACCCCUCCUCUAAUAUACUUGAUUGGUGAAUGUACCCUGGGUCGGCGUUGUGUCGUCCUAGGUGAGGGUGCACGCCACGCCGUUGCCAGCAGUAGCUGCCGUGACGGCGACGGUGACGGGAUCCAUAUUGUAUUUCCUCUUUUCCUCGUUUCGCCUUGCUUUGAGACGUAUUUAAUUCGGACGGGGAGCGGGGUCGUUUAGAGCGCUAUGUAUUGGGGGGUUAGAUUUCGAGAGAGCUGCGCGCAAGCCCGGGUAUACUUCAGCUGGAGUCGUGCUUAUGCCCUCUUGUAUCCAUCCAGUAUGUCUGUUGCUUGCUUCGGCUGGAAAAUGUCUCUUCGUCGUGAAAAGCUGGCUUGCCAGGAACAUUUUUUCCCACCGCCGUAGGACAAGGCACAUUGCGCUGGCGCUGGGACGAAAUUAGACUUUGGUGUUCGGGUUGCAGUAAGUUAGCGGGAGACUGUCCACCAGAUGAGCGCUCAGAGAGCUGCCUCGGGCCUUCUCUUGGUUUGUUCAGUUAAGAGUUGAGUGGUUUGCUGGGCAGGAAAAGGCAGGAGUAUAGGUCGCCGAUAGGAGUGUCGUUCGACGUGAUGCAUUGUCCAUGAAGCAGUGCCUUCCGUGGUUGAGAGAGUUGUGUGGGAAGGGGGGAAACAUACGGGGCCAGGCAGAGGGAAAGAAGGCACGGCCUGCAAACAAUGACCGCGUGUUUGUGGCCGGUUCUUCACAUAGUCUGCUAGCUGAGGAUUCGUGAGGAUAGAUAUUGUGCCAAGUGAUUUAGUGUUGGUUGUGGUGCACACGUUUGUUUUUUGGAGUUGGGGGUGGUUGCAGUGGGUUGGCGAGGUGUAGUGCGAGGGAGUAGAGGUUUGCCGCGACGUGAGUGCGACAUCGUCUUGGGGGACGCCUCUCUGCUUUGCCUCCUGUAUUUUGCUUUGUUUCGGCUGUUUAUUUCGGCGAGAUGGCUGCUGUUUCUGUUCUGUUUUAUUUAGUCUUCCGUCGUUGAUACAUAUAUCAGGCCAAAUGUUGUCGUGCUUGGCUAACCAAGUCGAUGUCUACAACCUUACAUGUUCCAUAAAAGUCCUUGAUUUCUAAUCGAUUUCUAAUCGAAGGCACGACCGUGCUGUGGCGUCCUGCAAGCGUCAGAGCUUGUUUGGCGUAGCCGAAAGCAAAGAAAGGGGUGUGGGAGCGAAUGGCGGGGUUAGCAGAACGAGAGGACAAGGGCGCGGAUGAAUAGCAUAGGAGCAACUGAAAGUUGUGUAGCUGGGAGCGACCCGUCGACACUUCCUCGGUGGUAGGCGUAUUUUGACGUUGACAAAAGCCAAUUCUUUGGCUGUUGCGGUAAUUCAUUUUUUGCAUUGCCCAUGGGCCCCCGUAUCGCCUUGGCUUCACAGGUGCCCCCCCCCCCCUGUCAUUUGCCAAUUCCAUAGCUAUUAAGCUGUGAUGAUGUAUGAUUCCUUGGAUGUUCGUUCGGGCCGAUUUUCUUGUGUCCGUGCAGUGGUGUUACUCCGAUUAUCAAAUAGUCAAAUGGAGUGUUAAUGUGUUAAUUUUCGCCGAAGAUUCAUCUCCAACGAUAAAAAAACCUGUGGAGGGAGAAGACGAAAGAUCGUAAAUGACAAUCAUACAACUUACUAAUGAUAGCGGGGAUAAGGGCAUAGGGAAAUGUAACAGUCAGGGCAACCUUGCUCUAGCAACAGGCAGUUCGAGUUCGGUGUGCGGCAUUCAAUAUCACUCUGUGUUGGUUGUUUUGGCGGGAGUAUCCAGAGCGUAAGGUUGCAAUGUUGGUAUGCUGGUCGCUUGCUGGUUUUUUGUUUAUUUAGCAUUUUUUUUGUUUUCGUUACGUUGAUGCGUGCGUGGCGUCAUCAGCUCUUGUUUCUUUCGGAAUCCCUUGUUCACAGGUUAGUGUUACCCCGUAAGGCGUUAAUCGCGCGGGUCAGCUAGGUUACAGUUUCAAGGGUAUUGUCUAGCCGGGAAUCCCUUUACGGUACGUCGCCCUCUUGCUUCGUGCAAGGAGUAGACUGUAUUUUUUCGUUUGACCGAACGAUAAUUUCCGCGCCGGUUCUCGUCAGGUGCUGAAUACUUCCAUUCUUGCCCUGGGUGCCGUGUUUCAUAACCCAGCCAGCCAGUCGUUCGUUUGUUCGUUCGUUCAUCCAUGUGCGUUGUAGUUUUUAGCAAUGCAGACACGCGAUCAAGAAGAUACGGUCU